AUGGUACCUUUGAGAAUCAGAGCUGAUACUACUAACCAAACCAUAUCUAAUUAUAAUAACUAAACUUCUCAAAACCUUACAAAAGAUUGUAGUCUCUCCAUUUAAAACUAUCUGCACAGAAAGAGUACAUCAAAAUUUAUAGGCAAAACCAAGAGCUUUGCAGCUUUGCCAAACUUUAGCGAAUAAUCCCAGAUUGCUGUUUCAAACUCUAAUGAUCCCAAAAUUACAUUUUAUAAGUUAUACAAACAACCAACUAAUAUAAUAAGCUCGCCUGUUAAUGCUGAGAUAGAGAAAUAUCAAGACCUGAAAUAGUUUCAAAGUAGUUUAUAAGACAUUAGAAAAGAGAAAAAAUAAGCAGAUAACAAGAUUAAGAAGCUAGAAAAGAGCAUAAAGAGAUAUGAAAGGUAAAUAACUGAACUUAUAGAGAACACAGUAGACAUUGAGAGAAAUCUUCCAGCUUCGGGAUCAAGCACAGCUUUAAAUAUCAGAGAAAGUAAUAAAUCUAGAGAAAAAUUGCGAACACUUUAGAAGGAAUUCAGCAACGACAAUAUACGCUAGAAAAAAAAUAAGCAUUUUCUUAAGAAAUUAUCUAACAAUGAAAAUAAGUAACAGUAAACUUUGAAAAUAUAAUAGAAGGACCAAUAAGAUUAGUAAAAAGUGGAGAUUAGAAAUUAGGAUUUGGAUAUUAAUUAGAUAAAUGAAUAAUAAAAAUAUUCUAACAAAGAAAAUUAAGGCACUUAAAUGCUAGUUAGUUAAAGACGUAGAAAGGCAAAUGUUCUAUCUCCAAGAAUACUCAACAAAUAAUCUGUGAUAUUGCAGGAUAGAAUUGCUAGUCUAGAGAAAUAAAAGUUCAAUGCUCUCAAGACUAACAUGGAAAGAUCUAUCAAGACAGUUAAGGAUGGAGAAGUCAGAAUGAAAGCAACAGCUAACUUAGUCAACUUAGAUCUUGUAAGCAAUUAAGAUCUGCAUUGGUUUUAUGAAUACGAAAAGUCUCAGUCAUAGUUAGAGUCAAAAAGAAAAAGAUCAAUUAGUAAUUAAAAGUAAUAAUCAAAGGAUAUCUGGAACAUUAUUGAGUUUAUGAAAAAAUAAUCGCCAAAGAUUUCAAAUACCAAUCAUGAAAUAGUAGAUUACAAAACCAGAAGUUCAACUAUUUUAGCCGAGUCGUAAACUCAUGUCAAUCUUUUAAAUUAAAGCAAUCUGAAUACAACUAAAUCUGUCUAUCAAGUAUUGACUAGAAAUUAACUAGAUAGACUUAGAAAUCUUAGAAGAGAAAAUGGAAUGAAAAGAAUGAGAAGUAUGGGUGAAUCAUAAUUUAAUGAUACCUUUAGAAACUCCCAAUUGUCAAAAUAUCUCUGA